CUGUCCUUCGCAGUUCCAUUUCCAUCAGAGUUUCACCUGAACAACUUUCAGUAUUAUGAUCCAACCUGUUGUAUAAUGAAGUCUGCUGCAGCCAGCGGUUUGGUUCUUUUGGCGCUCUUCGUUGGUUUUACGACGGCUAAACUGUAUCUGACGCAUCAGACGGCCGUUCGGGAGGAGCAGCAGAGUUUAAGCGUAAUGUGCAAGGAUAAGGAGAAAGGAUCGAAAGUGAUGUGGCGAGGACCGAAGAAUCGCCCUUUGGGCGACAGGACGAAUCCGAUGUCCAGAGUGACCAUGUAUGGGGUCCAAUUGAUCUUCACGAAAAUCCGCAAAGAGGACAUGGGCAUUUACACGUGCAUGAGCGAAAAUGAGAGCUCCGAGUUCGAGCUGAUUGUGUCACCAACCGUCGACUUUGUGGACACGCCAACGGAAGUUAACGGAACAGAAGGCAACGACAUUUUUAUGCGAUGCGAAGCCACCAAUGCCCGAACUGAAUGGCUGAUAGAUGGAGAAUUUCCCAGCGAUGCGUUGAGGUACCAAGAGAUGGCUGAUGGACUGCUCAUAAAAAAUGCCGACGCUUCGGACUCCGAACAUGACUACGUCUGCAAAGCGAUCAACAUCAAUGCGGGAACAUUCGCUACAAGAGCGAUCAACCUUACCGUUAAGCACCGCCCCCGAUUGAAAUACGCGAAAGAAGACAUCGUCUAUGGAUACAUUGGAGGCGAAGUCGAUUUAGUAUGCGAAGUGCUGGCUGAACCUGAACCAAAAUUCAAGUGGUUCCACACGUCUCCCGGUUCUCUAGUAGCGAAACAAGUGAAGGGAACCACAUCAGUGGCAAAAGUGUCCAUUCUCAAGAUCAAGCUGCGCAAUGCCGCAGAUCUGGGCGAUUAUAAGUGCCAGGUCAGCAACUCAGAAGGCACUCUCGAUGUCAUCUUCACCGUGCUUAAGGGUACCGCACCAAACCCACCUCAAAUCCUGGACCUUUCUGAGGCGACCGAAUCUUCGCUGGCGCUUAUGAUUGAGGAACCCGAAGUCACCGAGCAGGAGAACCGCACCAACAUGCUCCCAAAAGGCUUCAAAGUCGAGUACCGAACCUUCGAGGAAGCAAAGUGGAACGCGAAGCGUUUCGCCCUGGCUGAAGAUAAAAUCUACCUCGUGGGCAACUUGACCAAGAACACCACUUACCAAGUAAGGGCCGCCACUGAAAACCCGGCAGGUUUUAGCGAGUUUUCCAACAUUACCGAGUUUUCCACCACAUCGGCAGCUUGCGCCCCCUUAACAUUCUUCAGCUGCACUAGCGCGGUUCUACUAGCAAUCGUUUCCAGGCUCAUUUGAUCUCCGGCCUAAAGUUCUAGCUAACGAAAUUUUCCGUUCAUUUGACCAGUUAGUUUAACGAUGAUUCGAUUACUGAACCAGUUCCGGUUCCAAGCCCGAGUUACCCGGAUAAUAAAACAAAAAGACUGCUUUAUGCUAGUUAAUGUAAUUAUAUGAAAUAACUCACGAUGGACGGUAAUUGUAAUAAUAAUUAUACAGCAUUUAAAAUAAUGGCAAAGUUCUUCUAGCUAGUGUUUUGGAUUUUGGAUGGUUGCUUUACGUGUUUGGUUUCCCGACAUGUAAAUUUGUUUUUUCUUUUCAGAAGCCUUGCUAUUUAGGAGCGUCGUUUAAUAGGGUUUCCCUGGCCUGUAUGGUUUGCGCUUUUUGUACAUUUUUUACGUGAAAGGCUUAGAUAUAUGAUCAGAAAGAAAGAAGGUUUUUGAAACUGGUUUUCCAUCAAUCAAUCACUCUCUACUAUUGGGGGUUUGGCCAAGUGAAAUUUCUAAUUUUAAGAUUGACUAAUGUGAUAAUUUGAUUCAUUUUAUACAUAGUUUAGCUUUGUUGUUAUAAAUGUUUAUAAGAUUCAUAUAAAACGUCGUUGUGCCAAUGCAGGAUAAAUAAACAGAUUCAAUAUUGUUCUAAGCUUUUAAUGUAUAUAAUAGGUAGUUAUCUAAGAAGUGUAUGUUAUAGGCCUAGUUCGGAUCAGGAGCAAUUGUGUAAAUAUAAAGACAUUGAAAUU